AUGUUUUCCGACAGCACCAUUCGUCCUUCUCUCUCUAGACCAGGUAGCCGAAAUCGACCGUCAAUAUGCCCGUCUCUGUCGCGGCUGCACACCGACAUACCUUGGAACCCUGGCUUUAUUGUUGACAACGCUGAUGAACGGUCGCCAACGAAAAUGAUUGAUUUGGUCACUCCACAUCAUGGUAAUGGUGAUGGAGCCACCCACCUCAUCACACACCUCGAGUCACCACUAUCAAGCUCAAGCCCAAGCUCAAUGUCGACCACAGGUUCCCCAAAACCCGUGGUAAUGAAUCCAAACCAGUUCCCCAAGAGGUCUCCUUGUUUCGUCCACUCGCAUCUAGAUAAGGGCGCUUCUCUACAAGAUUGGCUCCGGGACAAGGAAAAGGAAGUCCUAGGCAUCGACCUCGGCAUCGCGAAGUCGCUCCAGAGUACCAAGCCCAAAGAUCACAGCUUCUACCCGUCCAAUACUCCAGAGUUGCCAUGUGCGGAUCGCGCAGAGCCUGUGAUAGCCGAGAGUGGCGAGGACGAGGUCCACGGUGGAAGCUUAACAAGACAAUUGGCAGAGACUGCUACAGGUGUUCGAGAACUGAGUCGACAGCUUGGUCGGGCCAGGAUUCGAACUAACAUACAAAGUGUCUUAAUCGUGACCAAGGCUCGGGACAACAGACUCAUUAAACUCACCCGAGACUUGGCUCUCUAUUUCAUGCUUAAGCCUCGUCAUGGGGACCGCGGUCUUGUGGUUUAUGUUGACCAUCAACUACGAACGUCGAGGCGGUUUGACGCAACUGGAAUACAUCGCGAUCACCCUGAGCUUUUUCGGCCAGUUCCAAGACGAAGGUCGACAAAUUCUUCCGUUUCGUCGUUGCAGGAUGAAAGCACCGGCGUCGGAGAAGGUCAACUCAGGUACUGGACAAGCGAUAUGUGCGCCCGCAGUGCACACCUGUUCGACUUCGUUGUCACGGCAGGUACACCGACUCUCGGAGGUGACGGGACAGUCCUAUUUACUUCUUGGUUGUUCCAAAGAAUCGUCCCUCCUGUCCUCCCGUUUGCACUUGGCUCGCUGGGCUUUCUGACGAACUUUGAUUUCGCGGACUAUCCUGCUGUCGUCGACUCGUGCAUCGAUGCAGGGAUCCGCGUUAACCUGCGAAUGCGCUUUACGUGCACUAUUUACCGUGCGACAUUGGAGAAACGCAAUUACAAGAAAGCGGUCAAGAAGGGCGAAACAGGAGAAAUCAUGAUGAAAGAUAUAAGAAACGGUGGGUGGGAAGCUGUGGAAGCAGGUUGGUCUGGAGGAUCGGCCUCCCAAGACGUCGGCAAAUGCAUGAAAGACAAAGAAAUUAUGUGCUUCACUACGAGGCCGGUGGAAAGUUUCGAAGUAUUAAAUGACCUUGUCGUGGAUCGAGGACCCAGCCCUUAUGUCAGUUUGUUGGAACUUUUUGGUGAUGAGCACCACAUGACAACUGUGCAAGCGGAUGGUCUCUGUGUUGCCACUCCUACAGGUUCAACGGCGUAUUCACUGUCUGCUGGUGGCUCCUUGGUUCAUCCUGAAAUCCCCGCCAUGCUUAUCACCCCUAUAUGUCCUCAUACUCUUUCCUUUCGACCCAUGCUCCUCCCAGAUAGUAUGGAACUACGUAUAUGUGUUCCGUACAACUCACGCAGCACCGCUUGGGCUUCGUUUGAUGGCCGGGGGAGGGUAGAGUUGAAGCAGGGCGACCAUGUCAAGAUCACUGCUUCCAAAUUCCCAUUUCCGACCGUCUGCGCCGAUAAGCAGUCGACGGACUGGUUCCAUUCCAUCUCGCGUACUUUGAAGUGGAAUGAACGGGAGCGACAGAAGUCGUUUGUUGUGGUCGAGGAAGGUUCUCCGGCUAAAAGGAUCGUGAAAGAGGGUGGUUCAGACAGUGUUGUGUCAAUCGAGGAAGAUGAAGAAGACGGGAGUGAGGAUGAGGAUGAUUUUGAUAUCCAUGAUUCAUCUCCAGAGGCUCCUACGAAUGGGGGACCCACCCGCCUGCCACAUGAACAAAACGAGAGGGACGUUGCAAUAGGAACUGCCAAAGUUCAAGAAGAUACAUCUAGGGACGACAGCCUUUCCACCCCCGAACUAGCUGCACUUGCCCUUGUCGGGGGACGGAACAUGAAGAAGGCCGGACGCUCAAAGUCGAGGUCACGAUCGAGAUCUGGUCUCCGUUCAGGUGUCGAUACUCCCGGACGCUUCGCCGGGCCUACCCACUCUCCUCCUCAGAUUAUGCGACAUCAGGGACAAUACACCGCGCUUGGUCCAACCCCACCGUCACCCACUCAGUCAGACUCAUCCAAUGAUUCGCUAGCAACUAUGGACCUGGCCCAACGAGGGGCGCGCGAUGAUAUUCACAGCUGUGAACAUUAUUCCAGCAGUCGUAGCCGCAUUCCCAGGGACAGAGAGUAUGAAGACAACCCGCAAACGCCCACUGUUCCCGUUACUGCUCCUGUGAGAAACCGCCAACACAGGAGUAGCUCCAGGGAUCGUCACGAACACCAGCCAUGUCGUGCAUUUGCGGUGUGGGGAAAUGAUGAAAGCGACAGCAAUACAAGUGACGACAACUGA